GGAAAUUUCACGUACCUCGUACGCUUCUGCCCAUAUUUAAGACCACACCGUCAAAUUACACUUUUCAAAAUUUUGGAAAAAUCUUUCUAGUCUAGGGUUUCCAAUUUCCUAAAUCCUGAAUCCCCAAUUUGUUUAUUUCAAGUUAUCUAAAACACUGAAUUACAGCUUCAACAUUCAAUUUAAUUGUUUCCUUUUCUCUUUAAUCACACAGUCGGGAUAGUCGGUCAUGGGGAGUAAGGCCACCGAAGAAAUCAUCUCAACCGUCCGGUCGAUCAUCGGCGACGAAUUUUCCGACAUGGACAUAAUUCGAGCACUCCACAUGGCCAAGAACGACCCAACCGCCGCCAUCAACAUUAUCUUCGACACUCCCAGAAGCUUCAGGAAGCCUGAACUCCCCAAGAAGUCCCAGCCCUCCAACAGUAAUUGGAGCUCAGAGUUUCGUACAGUGAUUGCUUCCAGAGAAAAUCGGGAUGGUGAUCGUGGUGAGGAUUCAGAUACCUGCUUGAAUCGAAGCGGGAGUUUAGACAAUAGUGUUUCGGGAAUGGAGGUUGAGGUAAAUGGGAGUGACGUGACUGCAGUGGCUGAAGAAAUGGGGAGCGAGUGGUGGUUUGUGGGGAACGGCGAGGUGUCAGGGAUGUCCACUUGUAAAGGGAGGAUCUUGAGGCCUGGUGAUGAGGUGAAUUUCACUUUCCCGACUGAGAAAAAAGUGGCAGCACCUUCACCUGGAAAGUUAAAGGGUGGCCGGGGUCGGCAGGUGGCUGGGUGCUCUGAGAUUGUAAGGUUUUCUACCAGUACUUGUGGAGAGAUUGGCCGUAUUCCAAAUGAAUGGGCUCGGUGUCUUUUACCUCUUGUGAGAGAUAAAAAGGUUUGUCUUAAGGGUUAUUGCAAAUCAUCUCCUCCUGUUCUGGGGAUUAUGGACACUGUUGUCUUAUCUAUAAGGGUGUAUAUCAAUAGCUCCAUGUUUCAAAAAAGCCAUGUGACUUCAAUUAAGGGGUCCAGUAACUCUUCCGAGGAGUCUGUUGUUCACCCCCUUCCAACUUUGUUUAAACUGCUGGGACUUGCUCCUUUUAAGAAGGCAGAAUUCACUCCAGGAGAUCUGUGCACAAAGAAAAGGCCUUUAAAUGCUGAGGACAGCUCUUUUUUACCUCCACCAUUCCUUCAUAUAAAUAAGUCAAAGAGCACAUCUCCAGGUGAUGGAAACAAUGUCGAAAAUGAGGAGCCAAUUUCCGAUAAUGACCUUGACAAUAUCGUUGGUGUCACAGACAACUCAGUGUUAGAGGAAAUGGAACCGCCUAGUUCCCUGCUAUGUGAUCUUCGGCCUUACCAGAAGCAGGCUCUUAAUUGGAUGGUCCAUCUGGAGAGGGGACAUUGUAUUGAUGAGGCUUCAACCACUCUACACCCUUGUUGGGAUGCUUAUCGCCUAGCUGAUAGAAGGGAAUUGGUUGUAUACCUAAAUUCCUUUUCUGGUGAUGCUACGGUGGAAUUUCCAAGCACACUCCAAAUGGCUAGAGGAGGAAUUUUGGCAGAUUCCAUGGGACUUGGAAAGACUAUCAUGACUAUAUCUCUCCUUCUCACCCGAUCUGAAAGAGGUGGAUCCACAUGUAUUGCAUCUACCAGCCAAUCAUCUACUGAGAGCAGUGAAGCAAGCUACAGUUCAGACAAAUCUCCAAUACCUCCAAAGAAAGCAACAAAGUUUACUGGUUUCGAAAAGCUAAGGAAACAAAGAGCCAUGCUGUUCAGUGGUGGCAGUCUAAUUAUCUGCCCUAUGACACUUUUAGGCCAGUGGAAGACAGAGAUCGAAACUCAUGCUCAACCAGGGGCUUUGUCACUUCAUGUUCAUUAUGGACAAAGUAGAACAAAGGAUCCAAAAUUCCUUGUGCAAACUGAUGUUGUGCUAACUACUUAUGGAGUGCUAGCUUCAGAAUUUUCAACAAAGAAUGCGGAAGACAAUGGGGGACUAUUUUCGGUCAGAUGGUUUAGGGUUGUUCUUGACGAGGCACAUACCAUAAAAUCAUCGAAAAGUCAAGUUUCUAUUGCUGCUGCUGCUCUUGCUGCUGACUGUCGAUGGUGCCUUACUGGGACACCUAUCCAGAUAAAACUAAGGUUUUUUAAAGAGUUCAAGAAACUUUUGGUUAACCUUAUGCGAACCACCAAUUGUGCUAAAUAUAGCAUUUUAUUCCAUUGCCUGCUGGAGACAUUAGGGUUCUGGCUUUGGUUGACUAAUGGUGAGGGGUUAUGCUGUACAAAGCUGUAUAAGAAUAACCUGGAGGAUGUUUUCAGUCUGCUUCGAUUUUUGAAGAUUGAGCCAUGGGGAAGCUGGGCAUGCCUUGCUUGUUCCCUGCAUGCUUACUCGUUCAUCUUCCACUCCGUACUGUUUGUCCCUUCUUCUGUUUGCUUAAUGGCGUUGGUCAAAACUCAAAAAAUGAGGUGGACUUUUCACCAAUUACUUAGGUGGAAUAAGCUAGUCCAGAAACCUUUUGAAGAGGGUGAUGGAAGGGGAUUAAAGUUGGUCCAAUCUAUUUUAAAGCCCAUCAUGUUAAGAAGAACCAAGUCUAGCACCGACAAGAAAGGCAGGCCUAUUUUAGUUCUGCCACCUGCGGAUGUUCAAGUAGUAUAUUGCAAUCUUACGGAAGUAGAGAACGACUUUUAUGGAGCAUUGUUUAAAAAAUCAAAGGUUAAGUUUGAUCAGUUUGUGGAGCAAGGACGUGUUCUCCAUAACUAUGCUUCAAUUCUGGAACUACUCUUACGUCUUCGUCAAUGUUGUGAUCAUCCAUUUCUUGUUUUAAGCCGAGGAGACACUCAGGAGUACUCUGAUCUGAAUAAACUUGCGAGGCGUUUCCUCAAAGGUGGCCCGGAGAAUGAUGGCCCGAAUUGCGAAGUACCUUCCCGCGCUUAUAUUCAGGAGGUAGUGGACGAGCUACGCAAAGGGGAACAAGGUGAAUGCCCAAUAUGCUUAGAGGCUUUUGAAGAUGCUGUGUUGACUCCUUGUGCUCACCGACUUUGCCGAGAGUGCCUUUUAUCCAGCUGGAAGGGUACUGCAACUGGACUUUGUCCCGUUUGUAGGAAGACAUUUAGCAAACAGGACCUCAUCACUGCCCCUACUGAGAGUCGAUUUCAGGUUGAUAUUGAGAACAACUGGGUGGAGUCGUCUAAGGUCUCAGCACUAAUGCGCGAACUGGGACAUCUACAGUCGACGGGCUCGAAAAGUAUUGUCUUCAGUCAGUGGACUGCCUUUCUGGAUUUGCUGCAGAUUCCUCUUUCUCGGAGUAAUAUCAAAUUCCUUCGUCUGGAUGGGACCUUGAACCAGCAGCAGCGUGAGAAAGUGAUAAAGCAAUUUUCGGAGGAAGAUGACAUCAAAGUAUUACUCAUGUCGCUGAAGGCCGGUGGAGUUGGUAUAAAUCUCACUGCAGCCUCUAAUGCUUUUGUGAUGGACCCAUGGUGGAAUCCGGCAGUUGAGGAACAAGCAGUUAUGCGGAUUCAUCGCAUAGGGCAAACCAAAAGUGUGAUUAUCAAACGGUUUAUUGUGAAGGGGACUGUUGAGGAAAGAAUGGAAGCAGUACAAGCUAGAAAGCAGCGUAUGAUAUCCGGUGCUCUUACUGAUCAGGAAGUCCGAUCUGCACGUAUUGAGGAGCUUAAAAUGCUCUUCACGUAGACGCUACAUUUCUAUCUACCCACAUUAUCUUACACUUUCAACUGCUAAAAUAUGCCUUUUCAUUUCUUGGGGACCCCAACAGUGGCAAAAGUCGGGUUUAGCUGAAGUGUAUAAUAUCCGGCGCUGGUGGAAUUCAUGUCAUUAAUGAGUCAUGAGAUUAUUUUAGAAGCUGGAGAGAAGUUAAAAAGAAGCUUGUACGAACAUCGUUAGAGCCUCCAGUGGUAUUUUUUACGCAAUUAUAGCUGCCAGGUUGAUAAUUACUCUACUGGGUGUCUUUGGAGCGGCCGUCAAGGAAGAUUUUGUUCUAAUAAUCGAACGGGUGAUAUUUUGUAGGGGAGGAGAUUAAUGCUGGUCUAAUUUUUGAUUUACUGUGUCAAGCGUAAUUAGUAUUCUUUUGUGGUAGUUAUAUUGUUAUUUUAAAGCUUGUAGAGAAAAGAAAUUUUCAUUAACUGUAAUUUUUUGUUUGUUUUGUUUUUUUUUUUU